UAGAUUCUCAGUGUUGUGCUUUAACCUGCUGCGCCACCAGGGAGGGCCGGGAAACAAGUUUUUUAAGGCCUUGAAUUUGCCUUUUCCAAGAGUUGUUUUAAAGUUUUCUUCCUUUAUAAAUUGUUUUUGCAGCAUAAUUUGGUGGAAUGAACUCUCCCCUAUCAAGCACUUACAAGAUACAUGUGGCAAGAAGUAUUAACGGGAACAUCCAUAGUAGUGUGUAAAAGCUUUCACAAUGAAAUCCGAAGCCAAGGAUGGAGAAGAGGAGAGUCUACAAACUGCUUUCAAGAAAUUAAGAGUAGAUGCAUCAGGGUCCACAGCAUCGCUGUCUGUUGGAGAAGGCACCAGUGUCAGAGCCUCUGUCAGAACAGCAGCAGAUGAUAGCAAACCUAAAGCCACGUGUGCAUCUAAAGACAGUUGGCAUGGGUCUACAAGAAAGUCUUCACGGGGAGCAGUAAGAACCCAGCGCCGCCGACGUUCUAAGUCUCCUGUCCUUCAUCCUCCAAAGUUCAUACAUUGCAGUACAAUAGCUUCUUCCAGCAGCCAGCUCAAGCACAAAAGCCAGACUGACUCUCCUGAUGGCAGCAGUGGGCUGGGAAUCUCAGCCCCUAAAGAGUUCAGUGCAGGAGAAUGCUCCACUGCCCUCGAUGCUAAUCACACAGGGGCGGUUGUUGAGCCUUUGAGAACUUCGGUUCUGAGGCUCCCGUCGGAGAGUAAGAAGGAAGACUCCUCUGAUGCUGCCCAAGUCUCCCGCGCAAGUCUCAAGGCCAAUGAUCUCUCUGACUUUCAAUCCGUUUCCCAGCUAAACCAGGGCAAGCCAUGUGCAUGCAUAGGCAAGGAGUGCCAGUGUAGGCGAUGGCACGACAUGGAGGUGUAUUCCUUUUCAGGCCUGCAGAAUGUUCCUCCGUUGGCCCCAGAACGAAGAUCCACGCUUGAGGACUACUCUCAGUCGCUCCACACCAGGAUUCUGUCUGGUUCCCCUCGCUCCUGCUCUGAGCAAGCGCGAGUCUAUGUGGAUGAUGUGACCAUUGAGGACCUGUCAGGCUACAUGGAAUAUUAUUUGUAUAUUCCCAAGAAAAUGUCCCACAUGGCAGAAAUGAUGUACACCUGAUAGCAGGAAGCUGACUAAUACGCUUUAAACCAAUGAAGGGUUGUCAGAGGUUUAGUUAAUGGCAGACCUGCGGCCACUUUGUGUGAGAAGACAGCUCCUUCUGCUCACUGUGCUUGCAAUAAAAACUUUUCUUGGCAUCUCAGUUAAUCUUCAUUCUUUAAACGUCCCCUCUGAGUUCUUAUAUACCCAUCAAAGCAAGCAGAUCAAAGAGGAAUCCCUUAUUUACAAAUGUUUCAGGGGAUGAAGAAACGAUAAACUCCUUGACUGGUAGCAGUGGGCAUUUGGUAAAAGCCUUUGUAAAAACAGUGCAUUUUUCAGAUGAGCUUAAGAUUUGGUGGCCAAGGAAAAUGAAAUGUGGUUUUGUAACUGGACUGAAAUGUGUCAUGCUGUAGUGGCCAGCCCGGGAUGUUAGAAGUGACAUCACUGGGUUAAGCCAUCUCUGAUUUAAGGCAAGAUUUAUUGUGUCUUUAAAGGUUUCUUACAUUAUUGUCAAGCCAGAGAUCUAAGGUUUAGAUUCAAUACGAAUAAACUAGCUGGCCUGCCCUGUGUUGCGUGAGAGACUCAUUAACCAUCACUCAAUAAACCCCUGCUGGCGCUGUCC